AUGGCUGAUCCGUUCGGGAUUAUUGGUGUCGUCGGCGUCGCGGGCCAGCUCAUCCAGAUCGGCGUCCGGCUUGGCCUGGACUGGAAAGAUGCACCUGACGAUGCCAAGAGCUUCAUGGCCGAGCUCCAGGCUCUGAAAACAGUCCUAUCCGAAACGAACACAAAUGUCAUACUCAAUCAAGACUUUGUGGAUGCAUUUCACGGUCGGCAUUCCACGUUGCUCUCGCAGUUUGGAGCUCCGGCGCCGACAGACACCCAGAUGAUGGUGUCGGCCUGUCGAGUCGAGCUGGAAAGUCUCCUUGAAGACUUCAGGAAGCGGGCUCAGGGCCACCGAGUCGGAUGGGAGCGAUUAAAAGGAGCCUUUCAUGCCACGAAAACGCGGGAGGCAGUAGAGAAUCUUCACAGGCAAUGCGUGGCCUUGAAUAACCUGGUGGCUAUCGACGCAGUCGCGCUAGCAGCAAGCACCCAUCGGGAAGUCAAAGAGAGCAGGAGAGAGCAGCAGCAGAUGCAUAGCACUCUGAAUCAGUUGCGUGACCGCCACGACAGUCGGGAAGCCUGCGACGAACAAAAAAAUAUCCUCGACUGGCUCACGCCAGUUGACUUCGCUCCGCAGCAACUUGAUUUCAUCAAUCGUCGGCAAGCUGGAACUGGCCAGUGGCUCCUGGACUCAGCACAGUUCAAGGCGUGGGUGGAGGCCGACAAGCAGACCCUCUUUUGCCCAGGCAUUCCCGGAGCGGGAAAGACAAUCCUCACGUCGAUUGUGGUCGACGAGCUCACUACUCGCCUCAAUAAUGACGAGAGCAUCGGUCUUGCAUACGUCUAUUGCAACUUCCGGCGGCAAGACGAGCAGGGGGCCGGAGACCUCCUCGCCAGUCUGCUAAAACAGCUAGCUCAAGACCGGCCGUCUCUGCCAGACAGCGUGAGGUCUCUCUACGAAAGGCACAAAGGCAAGCGGACGCGGCCAUCAUACGACGAAAUAUCGAGAGCUCUCCGUUCUGUGGCUGCUCUGUAUUCGAGGGUCUUCGUCACGGUUGACGCCCUCGACGAAUGCCAGGCAAUCGGUGGCUGCCGAGCAAAACUCCUUUCAGAGAUCUUCGACCUCCAAGCCAAGUCUGGAGUCAACGUCUUCGCGACGUCAAGAUUUAUUCCCGAGAUUACAGAGAAAUUCGAGGGCAGCCUGUCGUUGGAGAUUCGAGCCAGCGAACAUGACGUGCGGAGAUACGUAGACGGUCACAUAUCGCACCUACCAUCCUUUGUCAGACGAAGUCCAGACCUGCAAGAGGAGAUCAAAUCUGAGAUCAUCAAAGCUGUCGACGGCAUGUUUUUACUCGCGCAACUUCACCUGGAUUCUUUGAUCGGGAAGAGAUCCCCGAAGGCUGUUCGAACCGCUCUGGUAAAACUGCCUAGGGGUUCUGAAGCGUAUGACCGUGCAUACGAUGAUGCAAUGGACCGGAUCGAAGGACAGGUCGGUGACCAGGCAGAGCUUGCUAAACAGGUUCUGUCAUGGAUCACUUGCGCAAAGAGACCGUUGACCACGUUGGAACUCCGGCAUGCACUUGCUGUCGAAGCCGGAGCAUCAGAACUCGACGAAGAUAACCUUCCACAAAUUGAAGAUAUGGUCUCAGUGUGUGCUGGGCUGGCCACGGUCGACGAAGAAAGUGGCAUCAUCCGGCUGGUUCAUUACACGACACAGGAGUAUUUUGAGCGGAUGCAGAAACACCAAUUCCCGAAUGCACAGACCGAUAUCACGACCACGCCGAGUUUGAAGAGCGACUACGACUCAAUCCGCUCUAUGGCUACGCCGCACAGCAUUGGGGACAUCAUGCUCGGGAGGCUAAUACAGUAA